AACACCUACCACAACAACGGUCACAGAAAAACCUACCACAACAGUCACAGGAGAACCUAUCACAACAACAGUCACAGAAAAACCUACCACAACAGUCAAACAUACCACAGAAAAACCCACGAUAACCACUGAAACUCCAACUAUAACACCUUCAACUCUUCAGUCUUCAACACCAGGCAGAACAACUUUAUGUUUCUGCAAGUACAUGGAUCAACUUUUUUCUCCUGGUAGCUUCAUGUACAAUAAGACUGAUGGAGAAGGCUGGUGUUUCACUGCAUAUUGCAAUUCGACAUGCAAUGUGGAGAAGCUUGCUAGACCAUGUCACUCUACUACUUCAACUACUCAAACCACUACCAUAAUAAGCACUACAAAACAACCUAUUGACUGUUCAUAUCUUAAUCCACCUAGAAAGCAUGGUGAGUCCUGGAGUUUAAAUAACUGCACCAGAGAUACAUGCAACAAUGGAAGGGUAAUGACAGACCAUGUGCCAUGUAAACCAGUGACCGAGACUGUAUGUGAAAAUGGGCUCCAACCAGUCAGGGUUUACGAUGAAGGAGGCUGCUGUUUCCACUAUGAAUGCACUUGUGUUUGUUAUGGCUGGGGAGAUCCUCAUUAUGUGACAUUUGAUGGCCAGUAUUACAGCAUGCAAAAAAACUGCACAUAUAUCCUCGUGAAAGAGAUCAUUCCUCAACACAAUUUUAAGAUUCUUAUCAACAACGAAAACUGUGAUGCCUCUGGAACUGUGACCUGUGCUAAAUCCUUGAUUGUGUAUUACAAAAACUAUGAAGUUAUUCUUACACAGGACAGAAUCCCAAAGACCUUGAACAAGGUGUAUGUCAACGGCAAGCAGGUAGUCCCAACCUACCUUAAUGAUGACUUCAUCAUAACAAGUACAGCAAUUGAGCUGCUCUUGAGAAUCCCAGCAAUUAAUGCAGUUGUGAUGUUCAAAGGGCUUUUGUUCAGCGUUGACUUGCCGUUUGCCCUUUUCCACAACAACACAGAGGGACAGUGUGGUACCUGUGACAAUAACAGGAAAAAUGACUGCAGAUUACCAAAUGGCCAGAUUAAUCCUACAUGCUCAGAGAUGGGAAAUUGGUCUGUACCAGAUAAGAACAAGCCAUAUUGUGAUAAGCAGCCUCCAACACCAACCCCAACACCAAAUACACUAAUACCCUGCAAACCUGACAUUUGUGAAAUUCUGAUCAGCAAGGUGUUUGAACAAUGCCACAAAGUACUCUCACCACUUCCAUUUUAUGAGGCCUGUAAAUUUGAUGUUUGCCACGAGGACAAACCCAACUUCGGUUGUUUCAGUAUGGAGGCGUACUCCAAGAUGUGUGCUGAAGCAUCUGUCUGCAUACCCUGGAGGAAUGCUACAAACGGACUGUGUGAAUAUACAUGUCCAGAAAACAAGGUCUACAAGGCUUGUGGACCAGCUGUUGUACAAACUUGCAAUGCAAGAUACAAUGAAGAGUAUGCACGAAAAUGCCAGGGAAACAAUGGAAACCAGAACCAAGCUUGUACUGGCUUCAUGGAGGGAUGUUUCUGCCCAGAGGGGCUGACUCUGUUCAGUUCAAAUUCUGACCUUUGUGUCUCCGUCUGUUGCACUGGACCUGAUGGCCAACCUAAACAGCUUGGUGAGACUUGGCAGAGCGGCUGUAAGCAGUGUGCUUGUGAUAAGAACGCUCUGAGCGUUCGGUGUGAGCCUCGAAUAUGUCCCACUCAAGAACCAAUAACCUGUACUGAGGAAGGAGAGGUGUUGGUGGCCCACACAGUGGACUGCUGUGAGAGACUGACCUGUGUACCUAAAGGCGUCUGUGUCUUCAAUGGCACUGAGUACCAGCCCGGUAUGGAUUUCUCCAAAAACCCAUGUGAAUCAUGCCGCUGUACUGAAAGUCAGGAUCCCAACAGCAAGUUGAACACUAUUAUAUGUAAUGUGAAGCUGUGUUCCCCACCUUGUUCAGAGGGCUAUGUGUAUGAAAACACACCUGGACAAUGUUGUGGAUCAUGUAAAAAAAAUAGCUGUGUUAUGGAGGUCCCAGGCUUCACUUCUCCAAUAAUUAUUAAGCCUUCUGAGUCUUGGUCACCACCAAAUGACAACUGUACCAAGUAUGAUUGCCAAAAGGUGAAGAAUGAGUUCAUAAUCUUUAAAAAACAAACAACAUGUCCUGCAUUUGAUCCAGAGAACUGCGUUCCUGGAACUGAACAAAGUGACAUCAACGGUUGUUGCAAAACUUGUACUCCUCUUACGAACUGUCAAAUGACCAGGAACACCACCUAUCUGCAGACAAAGAACUGCAAGUCAGUUGUGCCAGUGGAAAUCACAGCCUGUGCAGGAUCCUGUGGCGCAUCCUCAUCAAUGUACUCUGCAGAAAACAACCGUUUGAUGCAUUCGUGCUCAUGCUGUCAAGAAAUGACCACCAGUAAGAAGAACGUGAAGAUGACCUGCGCUGAUGGCAGCAUGACGGAGCUCUCCUACAUUUCAGUUGACAAGUGUGGUUGCCAAGUCGCUGAAUGUAAAGAUAACAUUUAAAACUAAACUUAAUUAAAGGGAACUCUAACUAAUAUACUUUAUUAAACUUAAACAACUCCUCUCCAAAAACUAUUAGAGUCAAGACUCAAUAUGUGAAGACACACACACUCCUUUGGAUUCAGCAUCGCCAAAUAAGGGUGAAUAAAUAAAACCUUUUAAACAGCAGAGAUGUUGUGUCCUGGUGUCUCUUUUAGCUUUUGAAGAGGUUGAUCUUUUUGAAAACUAAACAAUGUGGUGUUUUCAGUCUUAGAGGGUCUUUUUCUUACUUUUACUGUAUAUGAUUUGAGAGACAAAAGACACAUGAAUGGCUUUAGAUAUUACAGUACAUUGUCUUUUGGGGAAUGGGAUUAUAUUUGUGGUAAAGUGUGAAAGAUUUAAAACAUGGAUUAAUUUUUGAUAGUUUUUCAUUAUUUCUAACAGCACCAUUAACAUAAAUUAUCUUACAACCCACUGAAUAUAUAAUGAAAAGAGUGUAAAGAAUAUCCAAACUAUCUUCGUCCAUCAUCUGAUGUUUUAAAUCUGAAUGUCUUCAGUGUCAUUAAAACUUUCAUUCUUGCUGAA